ACUUUGUCUUCCAUAUAUUUUCCAGGUAUUUCGCUCCAUUAUGUUUCUCAAUCCCAAGUUAUAUACUAUACGUAUACCUGAGGCACAAAGCACCUGCGAAGCUUACCUGCCCAGGGGCGAACCCGAGAAGGCGAAUUUAGCAAAAUGGAAAAUAAUAUAAUAUAAAGGCACCUGGUAGUGGGUGGGUGGGUGCGGGUACAGGUAAUAUUCCUCAGGGAUUUCCAUGGCUUCGGAUCUCUGUUUUCCCACGCUUCGUAAGACGGAUCGUUGUGUACCCGUAGAUACAGAAGAAGGAACAGCUCUCCGCUCCGCGAUGUCUUCUUUCUUUAUUUAUUUCUUUCUUGUUUUGCAUAGACAUCACACACACACACACACACGCGAUACUUGUAUACAUAUACACAUAUUGCCGAUUCGGAGGUGGCCUAGUUUGGAGAAAAAUUAGGCGACCGAUCUCUCCUCGGACAGCGGCGUAAUUUUUAGAAUUAUUUUAUCGUCAGUUGGGCGAGUAUCGGGAGCACGUACGCCGGUUAUUCGGAGCAUAUCCUUUCCGUCUAAAUAGUCCGUUUAUAAUUUCUCGUACGUAUCCAGUAUAUCCCCGAACGAUCCAACGACGGUAAAUAAACGGGUGUAAUUACAUCGAGGGGGAAUAACGUAUCGUUACAUCGCGUGAGACCGUAGUUAAUUUUCAUUUCUUUCUCACAAACGUCGAUGACACGGGUGUUGGUACAUAGUGUUUAUAAUUGAAACUACCGACGUAACGAGCAAAUCUCUUUCUCCCGUACGUACGAUAAUCACAAUAACGAGAAUGAUAACAUGAUUAAUGGUGUAGAAGUGUAUAUUUGCAAUAACACACAACGUUUACGCCUAGCCUAGAAGAAGUUUAGCGAGAAAGAGAGACCGAGAAAGAGGAGAAGCAAUCGUCCGAUAUUCGGAUGCCGGCGUUAUUCUCUUGAGAUUUCUGAAUUCCAGAAGAAACCGAGAAGUGCACGCCUAUAUAUAGAGUUGUUCUUCUUCUCCGUCCGUGUGCCGAUGUACGAAAUCUGAAUCGGUGCCGCGCGUUAUUUCGGUCACGCUUCUUUUUUUUUUUUUUCGUUCGUCUUCUUUCGUUCGUAGAAAGUAAAAACUACAUCCUGAACUUAUUCUCGGUCGUGCCUCGUUUGCCCUAUAUAUUAUUGCCGACGUAUCGCGAUAACAACGUCGCUCCGUACGAACGAUACGGGGUCGUCGUCUCACCGCGUGUAAAUGACGAGACGGUAGAGUAGCAUCGAUUUUUCAAAAAUCUUCGUCGAAGAUAAUCGCCGCACUCGCACGGUCAUCUUCAAGAUCAACGACCAGGAAACCGCGAUCGGACCUUCGAACGUGCGAACAACAACGAUUCAAUUAACGCGAUUUCGAUACUCGCGAGCUUCUGAAAAACGAGAAGCGAGAAAAGAAAAAAAAACAACACACACGCGCAGACAGACACACCGGUCAAAAAAAUGGAUCUUCCGCGGCCAGGAGAUCGAGUAGGGUUUCUUCCCACAUAUGGUCCGGUCGUUACGUAAUCCCAUCCUGCCUCACGGAUCCGUUCCCAAUAAAAUCGAAUAAAAACUGAGAAUCCCUAAUGGUUUUAAUUGCCCGGGAAGCUAGCGGGUUAUACGACGGACAAUAAAUAAAAUAACGUAGCUACAACAAAAAAAAAAAUUACGAGAGCUUUUGGAUACGUGUGCAAAGAAUGAGCCGAGCGCUUUCCUGGAAGAUGAAAAUUUUUCCUCUUUCGUCGCAAUCCGGGUUGAAGGUCGGGGGUAGAAACGGCAUGUUCGACCGCAGGAACCCAAUAACCAGGUAGCAGGAUGCGGCUGUUCAAAAGACGCUGUUCCGAUCCGAGUCCGCAGUUGGUUUCGGCCACACCGAUUCUACAGGACGCUAUACCGGCGUUAAUAGAGACACCCGAAGAGGUGGAACAUGAAGAAGAAUCGGACGAAAAUAUUACCCGAAUAAAUGGUACCAUCGUAACUACGGCGAGACGAAAUUCCGAUACCGAAAUCAUUCCCUCAACGUCGGCGGAGAGCGGAAAUCAGACGCCCACGACACUGCAGUCCGCUUAUCCCGCCCGGAAAGGCAUAUCGACGUGGGGGCGUAAAGUGGGAAGAAGGUGGGACCAGCUGAAGCGAUCCGAUAGCUCCGAAUUACUCGCGGUAUCCGGUAGAAGAAGGCGACACUGGAGUCCCAAUCGACAGACCGAGAAUUUGGAAACCACCCCCGAAGACAGGAGCAAGGUCGUCGCGAGCUCCGCGUCGGUCGCGGAAUGUCUCCAAAAGCCCAAGAGGAUAUCGCGCGUUGAAUCGUUGCGGAAUCUCUUCCGCACCGGAGAUCGCAGUACGAGUUCGGUAACCCUCGACGCGAUGUCGAGAAGUGCCACGAUCAGCGAAGAGGAUUCGGGAGCUUCUAUUACCGACCGUUACAGAAUGGACAAAGCAUUGAGCGAGGGUAGCGGCUUGAUGGGGCUAAGGAGUGCGAAAUCAUUCGAGGAAGGGUAUUCGGACACGGCGAAGGACUGUGAUCGCGAAACUCUUCGCGGUAAAAAAAGUCAGCUGAGUAGAAGCAUUCAGAAUCUUCAGGAACAACGGAGGGUGUUGGAUUUCAUCCUGACCAAUCAGGAUAUCCUCAAGACCCGCGAAGGUGCCGAACUUGCCCGACACACUCUGAAUUCCUCCAACAGAAGCAAACCUCCUCUGCAAAGGCCAAAUUCGCUGAUAACCGAGAGUGUAAAAUCCUCCAAAGAUUUUUCAACACCGGAAAACCAUCACCAGCAACUAUCGUUCGUCAAAAGAAAUCUCUUUCACUCCCAGUCGUCGAAAGUCAGCAGCGCCGGAGAAGCGAGUGGGUCCUCGUCGUCCUCUUCGACCUCGUCCUCGUGUCAAUUGCCCUUGAACGGUUUGGAGGAAUUGAUGAGCGGUCUUCGAGUCGGUUGCGACGAGAGCGGCUACGAUUCGGACAGUACGCGUACCGGAGCUGAUUCCCCGGACAGUGGAAAAUCCGUGCCUUCGGCACCGUGCGAAUCUUCCGCCGGAACCGGCGAGCCCGGCGGGUCGCGAAGGUUCUCCAUCACCUCGGACGAUUACCACGGCAUCGAUUUGUCGAUGGCGAGCACGCCGAAAAAGAGAAAUCGCGCCGGGGAGACGAAGUCUGACGAGAAAAUCGUCCGCGCUGCCGCGCUUCUCCCCCAGGUACGAGAUUCUCUCAACGAUUCCGUGACGACGGAAACGACGAUUCUCACGUACGACGAGGACGACGACGCCGACGACACGGACAGCUGCGACGAAGACACUUUUCUACCGCCGAUGGACGAUCAACCGGACGAGAGGAUCUUGAGCAAAGUGUCAUCGAAAAGUUCGGGAAUCGGUAGCUUGGCCUCCUCGAGUUUCGCCGAGCGCGACGAACCCAUGCGAGAUGUCAACGUGCAUUGUACGCCCGUGAAACGCGAGUAUCAAAAAAUGGCGUCUCCGCUUCCGUUGGCCCAGAGGAUCAGACUGCAGAAUAAUUUGGGAAACGGCGUGGUCUCCAGAGACAGGUGUAACUCGAACGCGAGUCUUCUCCAUUUGCUGGACAACGCCGACUCUCCGUGCAAAGACAGUCCGCCCGCUACCAAGGGUAAAUUAACCGAUACCGCGGCGCUCGCUCCUUGUUACUACAGCCCGAAACGAUCGAGAUCCGGUCUCGAUACCGAAGAGAACGUGGCGAAGAGACCGCAGGCCGAGAAAGUUCCUCAGAUCAAGCGCAACUCGACGUCGAACGCGACGGCUGAUAAUUCGAAGGGGUUGGUCCGAAGAGAACUGAAGACGAUGAAAAUUAUCGUCAAAAAUCCCGGAGGUCUUGGAGUCGCCGUUGAGAGACGAGAAGCCGCGAGACCGUUCUACGUGGUGUCGAAAGUCGCUGCCGACGGGGAGGCAGCCAAAGACGGGCAAAUUCGCGUCGGCGACGAAAUAGUCAGAGUGUGCGGUCGCCGUCUACGAGGAAUGUCCGUCGCCGAGGCGAGAACGGCUCUCCGAGGUUGUUCGGGUACCGUGGAACUCCAGAUAGCCAGAGAACCGUCGUUCGCGUUCGGCGAACUCGGUGACACGUGGGGAGACGUCGUGAUGUCGAGAGCCAGGAGCGAGUCCGAAGUGUGGAAGUUGAAACGGCCGAAGACACCGGAAGCCAGGGAGCGAGACGAUCGGGUGGCGGACGAUGCGACGUGCGAGAUAGUCGGCGCCCUGACUAAGGACGGUAAAAGUAUUUCCGUAAACACGAUGGAUCAGCUGAACCAAUCGGAGGACGACGUUCGGCCUCCGGAUAUCGGCAGGCAGACGGUGACCGGUAUGAAAAAAUUCCAAGUCGUUAAAAAACGGAACUCGAGCUUCGCCGCGACCCCCAACGCCAGAAGAGCCACCAGUCUCUCGGUCAAUCUGAUCACGAUCACCCUGAAAAAAGGGGCUACCAAAAAAUUGGGUUUCUCGAUCGUCGGGGGAUCCGACAGCACCAAAGGAUCCAUGGGGAUUUUCGUGAAGGACAUUAUGGUGGGGGGGCAGGCCGCCGACGAGGGAACGCUGAGGGUGGGUGACGAGAUACUGGCGAUUAACGGACUGCCGAUGAACGGACUCACCCACGCCAAGGCUCUACAGGCGUUCAAAGUCGCGAAACCCGGCGAUCUGAUUCUUCACGUUGGACGCAGAGACCCGAUGCACAACAAACGAUACAUCGCUCAAUCCAAGUCCUACGAGGCUCUCGACAGACUUACCGAAUGUGGAGAAGAAUAGAGUCGACGGCUCUGAAAUCAAUUUGAUUUAUUAAAAAAGUUUUGUUAUAUCUUUUUUUCGAACGACGAACGGUCCGAUCGAAUAACGAUAAUUGCGGAUAGUCUGCGAUUCCUUGUUUCCGAU